UCCACAGUUGCCCACUCGUUGCAUUCGAUGUUGCAUUCGUUACGUUUUGGUGACCGUGAUAUCCGGCAUUGGAUCAGAUUCUUUGCUGCCUGCUGUCUGCCGCCCUCGCGCGAAUCAGUAGACUCGGACUGAAAUUCCCUGGAUAUUCUGGGUCUGAAGAGAUGAGCCUGUCGUUGUGGGUCAGUCGUCCGACGUACACCAGUGAGCACGCAUUGAAGAAUUCAGGCUUACAAUAUUCUUCUUUCCUAUGCAGUGCAGAGAUCUCAUCAUUGUAACUUCUAGUCAGGCGCUUUCCUCCAGUUCGGCGUGCCGGGACCUGAGUAUACCUUCCUCGCUGCCUAAGUCUGCAUACAUUGCCUUCCCAGAACCAAAUACUAUGACACAGGGGCAUAGCGGCUACCAAAAUGCCCGGUGGAUGUCCACAUCAAGGCCUUUUUGGCGGAAACGUGGUGCUAGAGACCUUCCUAUACAAGGGCGUCAGCUAAUUGGUCGUGCCCUCGCGCACACCGUGAUCGACACCGCAGUGCAGGCCGUGCAGACCUCGUCAUACUCAUAUCCAGACAGUAUAAGAAGGUCUUGCUGUCCUCACAUGUUCACAACAGCCUGUGUCCCCACUCCCUCAUGUAUAAACUCAUGACUUCCCUGCAUAUGCGGCGUGCCGCUACAAUCGCUUUCGCAACUGCACUUUGGACUGGAUCCGCUGGCGCCGCAUCUGUUCGCCACUGCUUCGGGAGAGAAGCAACUUCAUUC